AUGGACCUUGGUCCCUUACUUCGAACUGGCUCAUAUGAUGCUUUCCUCCCAAACCCCCAAGACAUUGGUGGGAGGAGGUUGGUGGAAGAUGGUCACAGAGGUGCCUCACCAGAAGGGAGUCGGCCACCCUUCAACACAAAAGAAAGUUGUCGAGUUGGAUGUCUAAAUGCGAGAACAAUGUAUAUGACAGGAAGAUCAAGUUUAGUGGCACAGGAAAUCAAGAGAUACAACUUGGAAAUUGCUGGAUUGAGUGAAACUAGGUGGCUUGGGUGUGGAAAAGUAAGAAUAGAGGAUGUGUUGUUCAUCUAUUCUGGUAAAGACCAGGGAGAACAUGAGAGAGGUGUAGCAAUUGCUUUGAGUAAGAAAGCUGAAAAAAUGGUUGGAGCAUUAGGAAUGUAUGAUGAGAGAAUAGUCACUUGCAGGUUGCGAGGUAAAUAUACAAACAUCACCGUUAUACAGGUGUAUGCCCCUACUGAAGAGAGUGGAGAAGGAUGA